AUGAGGUUUUGGCUGAGAAAUGAAGAGAUGGCUUUGGAAGAAAUGGUGCAGAGAUUAAAUGCGGUUUCCAAGAACACUGAUGAAAUCAUGCACCAGGACAUCAACCCGCUCUGUGCUGCCGACAUCCAGGAUCAGCUGAAGAAGCGCUUUGCUUACUUGUCUGGUGGGCGGGGGCAGGACGGCAGCCCUGUCAUCACCUUCCCGGACUACCCAGCCUUCAGCGACGUGCCCGACAAGGAGUUCCAGAAUGUCAUGACCUAUCUCACCAGCAUCCCCAGCUUACAAGAUGCUGGCAUCGGAUUUAUCCUGGUCAUAGACCGAAGGCAGGACAAAUGGACCUCGGUGAAGGCGUCAGUCCUGCGAAUAGCAGCAUCCUUCCCAGCAAACCUCCAGCUUGUCCUUGUUCUGCGCCCAACAGGAUUUUUCCAAAGGACUCUCUCUGACCUCGCUUUCAAAUUCAACAGAGAUGACUUUAAGAUGAAGGUUCCGGUCAUAAUGCUGAGCUCAGUACCAGAAUUACACAGUUACAUCGACAAGUCCCAGUUGACCGAGGACCUGGGUGGGACCCUGGAUUACUGCCACACCAGGUGGUUGUGUCACCGCACGGCCAUCGAGAGUUUUGCCCUCAUGGUCAAGCAGACGGCCCAGAUGCUGCAGUCCUUCGGGACCGAGCUGGCUGAAACGGAACUGCCCAAUGACGUGCAGUCCACGAGCUCAGUGCUGUGCGCGCACACGGAGAAGAAAGACAAAGCGAAGGAGGACAUGAGGUUGGCGCUGGAUGAGGGGCAGAGCAUCCUGGAGAGCAUCAGGGAGCCUCUGGCCAAGAGCCCGGAGCAGAGCCUAAACCAGGACCAGCUGGACAAUCAGACCACCGUGCAGAGGCUCCUGGCCCAGCUGAAUGAAACUGAGGCUGCCUUUGAUGAGUUCUGGGCAAAGCAUCAGCAAAAACUCGAACAGUGUCUGCAACUCCGGCAUUUUGAGCAGGAUUUCCGAGAGGCCAAAGCCGCCUUAGACGUGUUGGCUCAGAAAAUAGCGACCUUCACGGACGUGGGCAACAGCCUGGCACACGUGGAGCACCUCCUGAAGGACCUUAUCAGCUUCGAGGAGAAGUCCAGCGCAGCUGUGGAGCGGGCCCGCGCCCUGUCCCUGAAAGGGGAGCAGCUCAUCGACAACAAGCACUACGCCGUGGACUCCAUCCGCCCCAAGUGCCACGAGCUCCAGGACCUCUGUGACCAGUUUGCUGCCGAGGUUGCGCAGAGGAAGGGUCUACUCAACAAGUCCCUAGAGCUUCACGGCCUCCUGGAAGCGUCCAUGAAAUGGUGCGAUGAGGGGAUUUACCUGCUGGCCUCCCAGCCUGUGGAUAAGUGCCAGUCCCAGGAUGGUGCUGAGGCGGCCCUCCAAGAAAUUGAGAAGUUUUUGGAGACCGGUGCAGAAAAUAAGAUCCAGGAGCUCAAUAAAAUUUACCAGGACUACGAACCCAUCCUCACCCAAGACCUAAUGGAACACGUACAGAAGGUCUUCCAGAAGCAAGAGAGUAUGGAAGAGAUGUUUCACCGGAGACAGGCAAGCCUGAAGAAGCUGGCGGCCAAGCAGACAAGGCCCGUGCAGCCAGUGGCCCCCCGGCCAGAGGCGCUCACGAAGUCACCCUGCCCCUCCCCAGGUGUCCGGAGGGGUUCUGAGAACAACAGUUCUGAGGGCAGUGCACUCCGGAGAGGGCCCUACAGGAGGGCCAAGAGUGAAAUGAGUGAGAGCCGGCAGGGCCGGAGCGGCUCCACCGGCGACGAGGAGGAGAGCCUGGCCAUCCUGCGGAGGCACGUGAUGAACGAGCUCCUUGACACGGAACGGGUCUACGUGGAGGAGCUGCUCUGUGUCCUGGAGGGCUACGCUGCUGAGAUGGAUAAUCCUUUAAUGGCACAUCUCAUCUCAGCAGGCCUUCAAAACAAGAAGGAUGUUUUAUUUGGGAACAUGGAAGAGAUUUACCACUUUCAUAACAGAAUAUUCCUGAGGGAGCUAGAAAACUACAUAGACUGCCCAGAGCUGGUUGGAAGGUGUUUUCUAGAAAGGAUGGAGGAGUUCCAAAUCUACGAGAAGUAUUGCCAGAACAAGCCCCGCUCUGAGAGCCUGUGGAGACAGUGCUCCGACUGCCCGUUUUUCCAGGAAUGCCAGAAGAAACUGGACCACAAGCUGAGCCUGGACUCUUACCUGCUGAAGCCAGUCCAGAGGAUCACCAAAUACCAGCUGCUCCUCAAGGAAAUGUUGAAAUACAGCAAGAGCUGCGAGGGGGCUGAGGACUUGCAGGAGGCACUGAGCUCCAUCCUGGGCAUCCUCAAGGCCGUGAAUGACUCCAUGCACCUCAUUGCCAUCACAGGCUAUGACGGGAAUCUGAGUGACCUGGGGAAGCUGCUGAUGCAGGGCUCCUUCAGUGUCUGGACGGACCACAAGAAGGGCCACGCCAAGGUGAAGGACCUGGCCCGGUUCAAGCCCAUGCAGCGGCACCUGUUCCUGCACGAGAAGGCCGUGCUCUUCUGCAAGAAGAGAGAGGAGAAUGGGGAAGGCUACGAAAAAGCCCCGUCCUACAGCUACAAGCAGUCCUUAAAUAUGACAGCUGUUGGCAUAACAGAGAACGUGAAAGGUGAUGUGAAGAAGUUUGAGAUCUGGUACAACGCCAGGGAGGAAGUUUACAUCAUCCAGGCACCGACUCCUGAGAUUAAAGCAGCGUGGGUGAGUGAGAUUCGGAAAGUGCUGACCAGCCAGCUGCAGGCUUGUCGAGAAGCCAGCCAGCACAGGGCGCUGGAGCAGUCCCAGAGCCUGCCUCUGCCAGCAUCGUCCAGCACGAGUCCUACGAAAGGGAACCCAAGAAACGUCAAAAAGUUGGAAGAAAGAAAAACAGACCCCCUAAGCCUGGAAGGAUACGUGAGCCCAACAACAUUGCCAAAACCCCCCGAAAAGGGCAAAGAUGACACAGUCACUAGCUCUACCUCAGAAAGCUCUGCGCUUUCCAAGAAGCGCUUUACUCUGCAGGGCUUUGCUAACCUCAAAGGUCAGAAAGCUUCUCCUACCAGUCCUGACAAAAAAGCUAAGCGACAUGAAGUUAAGAGCGACCCAACGCCUUUUGGUUUACGAGGUUGGAGCAAAACAUCUCACCCACUGGAGGCCCCUGAGGACAAUGACGGCUGGUCGAGUGCCGAGGAGCCGAUUAAUUCCUCAGAUGCGGAGGAAGAAGGCGGAGUGGGCCCCCGGAAGCUGGUCCCAGGGAAGUACACGGUCGUGGCGGACGACGAGAAGGGAGGCCCCCACACACUCGCCGUGAGAAGCGGAGACAUGGUGGAGGUGGUUCAGGAGGGCGACGACGGCCUUUGGUAUGUCAGGAACCUGACCUCCAGCAAGGAGGGCUGGGUGCCGGCCAGCAGCCUGUCCAUGCUCCUCGGCAAGUCCAGCUCGGCACAGUGCUUGAGCAGCUCAGAGUCCAGCGCAGGGUCCGCUCUGCUGAGCAACUCCUCCAGCUGCAGCGAGAGCUGUGGCGCCCCCCUCUCUGACCUGCAGGGGUAGCACCAGCGGGUCCCCUGUGCAGGAGACCAGCCUGCGAACCUCUAAGUUUUCCUUUGCUUGGGCUUGCCUAGUUUGGUGAGGGGACGGUGCUCUAAGACGCCCUGGAGACGGAGGACCCUGACAAGACCCUAACAAGGAGCUGCCCGCUGCCCACAGAACCUCAUGGUGCAGUGCGUGGGGACAUUCAGAGGAAAGGUUCAGGAAGAUUCUGCCCUCCGGCCUCCAUGCCAGGAUCCCCUCCCAGGGCGCAGAGACCGGUUUCCAUGGGAAGACCAGUACACCAGGCUUCCCCGGAAAAUCGGACCGGACAGGGGGGACUGCAGGCCAGCAGACCGCCUGUGCGGAAGGGCUCCGAGGCAGGGCCGUCCCUUCCCGCCUGUGCCACGCAGCCGGCAGGAGCCAGUCCCAGCCACUCUGCUUUGGUUUCUGACAUUUCUGGUCUGGUGCUUUCUGCAGGAAUGCACAUACUUUGGGACUGCUUCCAAAAGACGUCACUGAUUCACUGACCCAACAGCUUGAAGAGAGAGGGGGUGGGGGGACUAUUUUCUCUUUUACAAAUUUUUUUUAAAGCAGGGACUAAUCCCACGGCCAUUUUUUUUGUGGUACUUUGGCCUCGAAUCUUUACCAAGAAUCACUGUGUUUACAUGAAAUGACAAUUUGAUACUGCAUUUGAUAUGAAACUAUUUUUUUGUUACUGGGGUUUACAUUGCAGCAUGUUGUAUAUGCCGCUCAAUGAUUUGGGGGACUCUCUUGUGGAAAUUGACGGCACUCUCUGAAGCCCACCUGGCAACAGGUGAAUGCAGCCCUCGAUAGAAUCAGGCAGCAUUUCUACAAAUGAAAGCAGUUAGAAACCAAGGAAAUUCCUUUACCUGUGUAGUUAAUUUUCAAAAGGAAAUUUAAACUAUAAUUUAAAAUACUAACCUUUUCUACAAAAAACAACAACACAUGGGA